UGUCAGAACAGAACUAUAAGUCAGAGUUUGAGUAGUAUAUUCUUUGCUCAUAUUAUUUUAGCUAUUGAAAAAAAUUGUUUUGACUAUUUAGACAAAGAUAUAUAUAUUUUAUAAUUACAGAUACCUACGAACUAUAUAGUUGAGUGGUAUAAAUAGUUGCUUAUCACAAUUUAUAUUUUAUACAGAGCUAAAAUAUUUAACCACACUACAGCCAAGUGAAAUAACUAUGACUAAAUGAAAUGAAUAGAAGACAAUGUUAAAAUAUUCCACUACACAGCGGCUAAAUCAAAGAAUUAGUGUAAAAGCUAAAUACAAUGCACGGAAUUACGCAAUGUACCUCACUAUUAUAUCUGACAAUAAUGUGCUUACAUGUUUGAACCCAGUUUAGAUUAAACUUAAAUUUAUUACAAGCCAAAUUUCAAAUAAUACAACAAUGACUUGAUCAUUUGUUUCAAUGCUAUCAUUUAGAAUCUCAUUAAGAAAGAAUCUCGUUGAAAAUUAUUUAUGACUUCUCUUAUGGGUUUAGGUAUACUAUAACCCAAUAAAUUAUAUCUGAAGGAUGUAUGGAUCUUACUAAUUAGUUUAAUGAUAAAUGUUCAUAACUUAAAAAUGAUUGAUAUUUCGAUUAUUAUUCCAGUAUAUAAUGGAGAGAAAUGGAUAAAUACUUGUAUGAGAUCUGUUAUGGUACAAUCAAUAUUAAAAACUAAUUUAAAAGUAGAAAUAUCUGUAUUCAAUGAUGGUAGUAACGAUGGUACAAAAAAAUUACUUGAAGAUUGGGCUGAACAUUUUAAUUCUAUCGGAGUUAACUUCAUUUUGACCAAUUCACAAAUAUCAAGAGGUGUGGGAGCUGCUAAAAAUGGUGCCAUUAGGAGUAGCAUAGGAAAUUUUCUUUGUUUUCAAGAUAUAGAUGAUAUUAUGCAUGAAAACAGAAUGCUUUUACAAUGGGAAGCUGCAAAUUCAAAUCCUAAUGCUCUUAUUGGAAGUCAAAUUUCUCGAAUCCCUACAUAUUCUACACCACGUUUUGUUCACUGGGCAAACAGUAUUAGUCCUAUGCAACAGAAAUUGCAAAUUUAUACUUCAAAUGGGCCUACAUUACUAAUGCCAACAUGGUUUUGUCACAGAUCUAUUUUUGAAAGAGUUGGAGGUUUUGAUGAAUCUGGACAUGGCACUCCAGAAGAUCUUAUAUUUUUUUAUAAGCAUUUAGACUUAGGAGGAGAUGUUCACAGGAUUGAUGAAGAGUUAGUAAUAUAUAGAUACCAUGAAGAAUCUACAACAUUUUCUAUACAACGAAAAAUAAUACAAGAAAUUCAACUGCGAAGAUUAGAAAAAUGUGUAUUCCCAUACUGGACAUCAUUCACUGUAUGGAAUGCAGGUAAAUCUGGAAGAAGAUUCAUAAGAUCACUAAGUCAAAUAACUCGUGAUAAAGUUAUAGCAUUCUGUGAUGUUGAUAAAAAUAAAAUAGGUCACUCUGUUGAGUUGUACUGUCCUGUGAAAAGAAAAGUAUUAAAAUCAUUGCCUGUUGUACACUUUAAAGAUGCUAAAUUGCCUUUAUUAAUUUGUGUUAAAUUAGAUUUUACUAAUGGAGAAUUUGAAAAAAAUCUCAGAAGCCUGAAUAUCAUUGAAGGUAUUGAUUAUAUUUUGUUUAGUUGAUUAAUUGUCAGUAAUUUGUAAUUACUUUUAUUAUAAUAAAUAACAACAUUUAUUUUGUUACCAAUGUUCUUGCUACAGAUCAAUGUUUGUAAUCACAUUGAAAUAUCAACUUAAUGAUAUCAUAUAAAACAUAUGAACUCUAUUUUUUUUUGUAGUUAGAUGUUUGCAAAACUUAUAAAAUUCGUCACUUUUAAUUUUAUGUCAAUAUUUAUAACAAAGAACGCAUAAAAUAAAUAUAGGU